AUGCGGCAUGAUUUGGCCACCUUGCCACAACUCCUGAGAUGGUUGGUGGCUUCCAUGUGGGAUGCUUAUGGUCACAUUUUUCACGCGUACGAGGUGGUCGGAAUGGAAAAGCUUCCUCCAUCAGGUCCUGCUUUCAUCGUUUUCUACCACGGAGCAAGUACAUGUGACGCGUAUUACUUUGCCGCACGCCACCAGCUUGAACGCCAUCGAUUUCCCGUCCCUGUGGUUGAUCGCUUCAUCUUUCGUAUGCCUGGGAUGCGAACACUUUUGGAUUUGGCCGAAGCAACCGACUGUACAGUGGACAUCUGCGCCUCGUAUCUGAACCCACAUUUGCAGCCGAGACACCCGACUGUCCCCAAGUUAAGCCAAUUGAACGCCAAUGGAUGUGUGCUGCUUUUGGCUCCUGGUGGAGUUCGAGAGGCUUUGUUUGCGGAUGAGUUCUACUCAGUGAUGUGGGGCAAUCGUCAGGGAUUCGCCAAAGUGGCUCUUCUCGCUGGGCAGCCCAUCUAUCCCAUGUUCACGGAAAAUAUUCGUGAAGUGAUCCGCGUUGUCCAGUUUGGAAAAUCUUGGUGGCGGAAGCUGUACGAGCGCACUCGACUUCCCUUUGUGCUAUUUUACGGUUACUUUCCGGUCAAAUUGAGAACCUACAUUGGAGAUCCGAUUUAUCCACAAGAAGGCGAAACACCAGAACAGCUGGCACAGAGAACCAAGCAAGCCAUGGCUGAACUAAUUCGUACACAUCAGUGGACGCCCUCCAACUUGCUGUGUGCCAUCCUACAACGAGUACCCUCUUUCGAUCGUUGGUUUGAAAAGCACAAACAGCGGAAACUGGCCUUGACCAACUGACAAGCGUCACCGUCAUCACCCUUUCGUGGCCUCGCCCCAUCCAAGCAUCCUCGAAAUGCAUGUGUUUUCGGAUUUAUUUCACACACUUUCCCUCCUGUUUGUCG